AGAGAGCGAAGAGUAACCGAAAGAACGGACUUCAACUCAGUCUGUCCGCGACCGUCCGUCAAGCAUACGUCUACGACUCUUUGCCCCCUCCAAUACCUUACCGUUCGUCAGUUGUGCUUUGCCAUUUGUUUCUGUUCCACAGUGUCUUAAAAAGGUCUCGUGGAAGCCACAUGUCGUCGAUGCUCCCAUCGCUACCGGCACCCUGACUGACCACCCCCGUCGUUCACGAACGAUCGGUCCUACCUUCGAUCACGAUCGCGCGUAUGACACUUGGUGCGUGGACAGUGUAUCGAAACGACUGAACCAACGUGUGUGUGAAAAAUGAUAAAAAGACGUGGAAAUAUGUGGAUCACGAAUAUGAUCGUUGGCCUAAUCGGCCUGAUAUUUUUUGUUGGAUCACCAUCCUGGUUUUCCGAAGCGUUCAACGUGGAGACGAGACAUUACGCGGUUUAUAGGAACGAGAGCAGAUCCAUGUUUGGAUUCGCGGUUUCGGUGUACCGGGACAGGAACGGUCGAGGAUGGGCGAUCGUGGGCGCACCGGAAGCUGAAACACCCCAGGUCGGAGUGUACAGAGGGGGUGCAGUUUACAAGUGCGACAUCGCGGCAGACGAUCGUUGCACGAUGAUACAUUUCGACAGCAAAGGGAACAAUCAUGUCAGAAAUCCGAGUGUACCGAGUGGUUUGAGCCAGAUUGAUAAUAAAACCCUUCAAUGGUUUGGCGCCACAGUUUCAUCCUCCUUGAGGGAUGGUGGACCUAUACUGGCGUGCGCGCCAAGGUACAUCUGGUUCUCCGUGUCCCAGCCGAAGCACGAUACCGAUGACAAUCGAUGGAACAAGGAAUCCACCGUAGGAAAUCGACGGGAACCCGUUGGCACCUGCUGGGUCGUUACCAACAAUUUCAACGAAUCGCAGGAAUUUUCGCCCUGCCGAACGAGGUUCUGGGGAUACCACAGGCAGGGUUCGUGUCAAGCUGGAUUGGGCGCUUCUAUGUCCAAGAACGGUGAGAGGCUCUUCAUCGGGGCGCCAGGAAGUUGGUACUGGCAAGGUCAGAUAUACUCGAUCAGCACCGCUAUGAGGUUGAGGUUCUUAGCGACGAUGUUAUUCACCCCCGAAGCAGAAGCAUCAGGCCAAGCAUUUUCACAGCCGUUGAACAGUCGUUCGAGAAUAAUGUUCACGAAGGAAGGGCCAGCCACAGAGGACGAUAGCUACAUGGGUUACUCCGUCACGACCGGUGACUUUACUGGAAACGGUGACAGCGGUACCGCGGUUGGUGUACCUCGUGGCUCUGAUCUUCUCGGCAAAGUUAUUCUUUUCACCUCGAACAUGACGAAUCCUCGUAAUAUUACUGGCGAACAAAUGGGAGCGUAUUUCGGUUACGCUGUCGCUUCCGGUGAUAUCGAUGGAGAUCGGUUGGACGAUCUUAUAGUUGGUGCGCCUAUGUACACUGUACCAGAUAACCCGGAAAUGACCAUCGAGACCGGAAGGGUGUAUGUUAUCUAUCAAGGCACUGGACCUGAAAAAUUCCGCAAAGUUGAUACCAGGGACGGGGAGAGCAACCGCGGACGAUUCGGCUUGUCACUGGCCUCUCUGGGGGACAUCGACCGUGACGGGUACGGCGACUUCGUGGUGGGUGCUCCUUACGGUGGUCUCCGUGGUCAUGGAGCCGUGUACAUCUAUCACGGUUCAUCAACCGGCGUCCUGGAGAAAUAUUCCCAAGUGAUCCAUGCUGAGAACCUCGACAUACCAGUGGAUACCUUUGGAUUUUCGGUAUCCGGUGGCCUUGAUCUCGAUGGGAAUCAAUAUCCAGAUCUGGUAGUCGGCGCUUACGAUUCUGCCACAGCAGUUUUCUUCAGAUCUCGACCGGUCAUCAAAAUGGAUUCCUUCGUGUCGUUUGGAUUAGAGUCGAAGUUGAUCUCCUUGGACGACAGGAAUUGCACUCUCUCCGAUGGAAGCAGGGUUACAUGUCUCCCAUUGAGGGCUUGCUUUAAAUACAGCGGGGAGGGUGUCUUUUCGAAGCACAGUUUCAACAUCCAAUACGUACUGGACGUGAAGAAGACGAAGAGUCCUAGAUUGUUCUUCCUGGAGCUGGAGGGAAGCAACAUUUUGAAUCGCACCAUCACAGUGGAUCAGGACCGAGAAUUCUGUCGUACAGUUCAGGUGUACGUAACCCCUAACAUUCGCGACAAACUGACGUCCCUCGACGCGGAGAUGCGUAUGAGUCUCGACGAAGAGCGUAUCAAGGACAAUAGGCCGAGGGACCCCAGAGUCCCCCUGCGCCCGAUCCUCGGCUCGACGACAUCCAGGAAGGACUCUCUGUCUAUCAGAAAGAACUGCGGCCCCGACAACGUGUGCAUCCCAGACUUGCAGCUGAACGUGACGUCGAACGUGCACAAGUACCUGUUGGGAUCUAACAAGCGGCUGGAGCUAAAUGUCUUGGUGCAGAACAUGGGCGAGGACGCGUUCGAAUCGACGUACAACCUGAAGUUACCCUCUGGUAUCGAUUACAUCAAGGUAGAGAAGAUCGAGACCAUGGGGGUACCCGUGCAAUGUUCAGCACCGAAGCAGUCGAACAACAACACCCUUCGCUGUGACAUUGGCAAUCCGUUGCAGAAGAAUGGGUUGAUCAAGUUCAAGGUCCUUCUGCAACCAGUCACUUCGCACGGGAUGAAACCCGUCUAUGAAUUCGAAAUGGACGUGAACACGACCAAUCCGGAGAAUUCCUGGACCAUUGAAGAUAAUAAAUAUACCAUGAAGCUUCCCAUAUGGAUCGAGACCGAUCUCCGAGUAGAUGGUGAAAGCAAACCAAAGGAUUUGUAUUAUAACCCAGAUAAUUAUACCAGCGAGACUAAUGCGACCACGGAAACUGAAUUUGGGCCAGCCAUGACGCAUAAUUACACGAUCCGUAAUCAGGGGCCAUCAGACGUGAUCGAAGCGGAAGCCUUCCUCAUUUGGCCAGCUCAGACGCUGGCUGGAAAUGAAUUGCUCUAUCUGCUGGAGCAACCGGAAACGUCUGGACCAAUCGCCUGCGAACCUGCGAAUGCAAAUUAUCUUAGUCUGAAGUUGGACCAACGCAGAAGGAUUUACUCCCAUCAUUCGGACCCUUCAGGAGUGAUCCUGGACGAGUCCCAAUCAGGCGGAACGAUCAAUGUGCAAAGAGGCUUCGAUCAGGACAAAAACAAAUUCGGUCAAAGAGAAGAAAGUGAAAUAAACAUUGGAGACAGUUCGAGCAUCCAGAAAUCUCGUCACUCGUCUUCUUCGUCAUCGAACGUCGUCACUAGUGAGACUAGGAGGAUACAGUUAUCAGACAGUGGAAAUAAACCAGACGUCCUCGUCACGACGUACACGCAAAACAGUUCUGGAACCGGCUCCAUCGGCACUGGGGACUUGACCUCUGCUAACAGAGGCGCGAUUAUCCACACAGAAUCCAGUGGCUAUGGAGAAACCGGAACUCUGGGCGUUCUCCAUAGCAGCGACGAUAGCUUGAAUUCAAGAACUCCAGUUCCUGAGGAACCCUACGGUAGUCCCACGAAUCAAGCAGGUGAAAACCGAUGGGGUGAGAUCAAGGUGUCCAGAGGUCACAGUGUCUCCUCGUCAGAGAGCGAGGAGAGGUACCGGGAGUUGCUGAGGCAACAGGAGUACCAACGUCGUCAGCAAGAAGAGGAAGCAACGAGGAUAGAACGUCAACGGAAGAAAGAACAGCAGCUGAUUAGUCAGCGACAGCGAGAAGAAGAGGAACGCCUGUACUACCAGGAAAGACAGGAGGAAGAACGAAGGAGGGUGCACGAGGAGGAGCUGAGAAGACGGGAAGACGAACGCAGGAAACAGGACGAAGAGAUUCGAAGACGACAGGAGGAUGAACGAAGAAGAAUAGAAGAAGAAGCGUACAAAAUCGAGCAGGAAAGACGCUUUAGUACUUCUUCAGGAAGCUAUGGUAGCAAGGAGGGAUUCAUCACUGGUGACCGGGAGGAGACCAUCAGAGGAGGAGAAUUCGGCUUCCAGUUACGUAACGUUAGCUCCAAACAGGAACUGGAACAAUUAUUCGGAUCUCUGUCGAAGUCAGUCGGUUACGAGUUACAGAAUAGACAGGGUAGAAAUUACGUACAGUUUAUGGGGAGAUUCAGGAACUCUGCUGAUAGAGAAUACAUAGAGUUCCAGGAUGGCUCCACGUUCCCUCUUCAAGAUCGCUACGGAGGGCAGAGCUACAUGUCCGAGGGCCAGCACAGGGACAGUAGAUUCUUGCGGAUCGAAGGUGAACUCUUGAUAGACUCCACUGGUAAAGGGUUCAUCGUUCUGAAAGAUGGCCGCAGGUUUCCUCUGCAAGGUUCCUUCAGCUACACCGAGGAGAGGACGAUUAACUUAGGUGAUCCACGUUAUCAGCAGGGCACAAGUUCGCAUAACUACAGCAGGACCUGGAACGAGGGAUCUAAUCAUACUGAUCUUGAAUCAGAAUACGAGGCUAGGUACAGUAGCUCCCACGAAGAGAGGAGGACAGAGGACAGGAGGGUGACCAGUAGGGUUUACGGAAGGGAGAAUCGCGAAAGCCUCGACGAAGACACCGUGACUAAUGUUCCAAACGAUGGAACCAGGUUCAAACGCGAGAGCGACAUGGUGGACUUGAAGGAGUUUAGGAAAUUCGAAACUCUUCAUAGAAGUCCCAGAGACCUGGUGAAGGAUCCUCUGAUAAGGGAAGGUGGAUUCGAUGGUAAGACUGAUUACGAAAAUGAUCUCGGGACGCAGGAACCCAGCAGUCCUUGCGACACAGCGAGAUGCGUGAUGCUGAGGUGCGUACUAGGUCCUCUGAAGAAGGACCAGGAAGUGUGGAUCGGAGCUAGGUACAGGGUAGACGCGAGGACGUUGAAGAAAGUGGCUCUUCAAGAGAAGGUCCGCGUUUCCACGAAGCUGGUAGCUCGAGUUACCAAGCAGCCGUUCAUCGGCACGCCUGCUGAACAAGUGAUUAAGAGUCACGAGAUCAAAACGAACGUCGAGCCAAGCGUCACCCCGUCCGUACCGGAUGUCGUUCCGCUAUGGGUUGUGGUUCUCUCGGCCUGCGCGGGAACGAUCAUCCUGUUGCUACUUAUCUUCCUGCUUCACAAGUGCGGGUUCUUCAAGAGGAAUAGACCGUCCGAUGCCCCAGAGCGACAACCCCUUAACAGAAAUGGCCACUUUCAGCAAGGGGACGACCACUGAAACUUAAUUUGACAAGGAUUAAUCAGUGGAAUCCAUAUCGAAUAUAAAAGAAAAAAUAUUGUCGAACGACAUUAAUCGUAACGAACGAGCAAAAAAGUGCCUUAAACUUCCGCGAAGAAACGGAACCAUGCACUGGCUGUAUGUACAUCACGCUCGUCGAACUGUAAUGUGGCGAGUAACGAAGCAUAAUUUCAAUUAACAAUUCGCGAGUGCCUUGAUCCCCAGGCCAGAACGAAGAAACUGCUAGAGUGAUUAUUGUGCAGAUUCUAAUGCGAUUAUUUUUAUUUCUACUGCCACAGAAUACUCUUCCAGCUCCUGCAGCUCGACCAUGCAAGUUUCUAGUCAGGAGACAUCUUCUUUUUCCUUUAUUACGUUCUUUAUCUCUUUUUUUUAAUUACUUGUAACACUUACUUAAACCGCCCGUUCAUCGAUUUAAAGUUUUAUUCUAUAAUGAAGUUAAUCUGUUUUUGAAGAUUUUAGAAUAGAAAAUGGACAAAUUAAUUAGCAGCCCAUGAGAUCAUCUUUAGAAUUAAUUUUAAAAAACAUUUCAUUACAGAACGGUUCAAACUGCCAUAAAUAAUAUUUAAGAAAAUAUAUUUUUACCACAACUUUUAGAUCUUGAUCUUCGUCAGGGAAUGCUUAAUCAUUCGAUUUAUGUUGACAGAUCUCAAUCAUCGUCGUCAUCGAUAGACGAUCAAUGUUUUAUUUUUCUUUAAUUUCUGUGUUUUACAGAAAUGGUCUCGAGAACGGGAACUUUCGAUUAUUUAUUGAAUUUUUACGUUAUUACAUGUAUAUGUAACGUAUGAUAGAGCGCCGUAACAUGAACGGGGCAAGCCCCGUGCGGAUGUGUGUACAAUUUUGUAAAUUAUUAAUUGUAUUACUAAAACUGUUCAGAGAGAAACUAGCUAACGCAGAAUAAUAAUAAUUGUGUAGAGAAUAAAAAAAUUCCUGAAAAAAAAAAAAAACGGGAAGGUAGAACUGACUUGUAUAUACAGACUUAAGAUGUAAUAUUAAAA